UGUUUAAAGCACUUGACAGAUGAGGGGAAUUCCACAGAGAAAGAACAAAAGAGACAUUAGACAUCAUUUAGCGUUCGCCUCAAGCUUUAUACUCAAAGACAAGAGGGGAUAUGUUCUUAAAUGAUAUGAAAUUCCUAAAUAACAUCCUGAAUUGAAAUUAGAUCAACACAGAGUUUAAUUUUCUUCUUUCCUGUUCUGAAGAAGAAAGUCAGUUGACUUAGUUGAGUAGUAAACUAGCUGUGUUUUCUUAAUCGUAGUGUCAGAAUCUGAGAUCAUAAUUCACACUCGUUAGGUUUUUUGUCUGUUUGGUGAAUUCACGGCCGAUCCGUGUUAAUUGUAAGGACCGUCCACGAGUUUAUCCGCUGCGUUUGAACCUCAGUCUAAAUGGUUAUUAUGUUAAUCUGAAGUGUGUUUGAAGUCUCCAACACUAAACCGGGUCUGUCUCUCUCUCGAAUCCUUCACAGGCUAUCAAAGAGAAGCGGAAGAGGUUCUCCAAACUCUGGGGGUUUAAAUGAGGAGGACUAUGGUGUUUCCUCGCCUCAGGAAACACAGUUUAAUCCCUUUGAUCACAUGCGGCCUUAGAUAAACUUCCCUGUUUGGUCUACAACUCUUGGCUUUUGAUAUCUCGUUUCGAUAUGGAUGCACCAGACGCUCAUUGCCAUCUCAGCAGGAGCGGCAUACAUCGUGGCAUUUCGCCCCCUGGUGGUUACGGAGGGAACGACAAGCACCAUCACCUUCACUCUGAUCCGCUGGGUCGCUCUCUUCCUCUGUUCUUGUACCCGGCCCGUAUGGAGCAGGGGGUUUACGACGGCUCGUACUGCAGCGGGGCGACGCUGCUGUCGUACCUGCCGCCGUUCCACGCCGGUCUGGGUGUGUACGAAUGUCCGUUCGAGCCCGCCUUCAUUCAGAAGCGCAACGAGAGGGAGCGUCAGCGCGUGAAGUGCGUCAACCAGGGGUACGCCAAACUCCGAGACCACCUGCCCAACGCAAGCGCGGACAAGCGGCUGAGCAAAGUGGAAACUCUGCGGGCGGCCAUACGCUAUAUCAAGUACCUGCAGUGUCUGGUGGAGAAACCAGAGAGAGGGGAGUUGAACGUGGCAGCGCCGUCGCCUCUGUCUUUCUCGGACACUUCCUCAGAGGAGUCGUCUGGGAGUUAGAGACGUUUCUGCCUCUGA